UUAGCCUACUCGCUACUCGUUUGGAGCGGCUAUCUUGUUAUUGGCGUAUCGACUCCAUGGUACAAAUCGGGAUUAUUCAUUAGCGAAGAAGAAGUAGGAGCUCUGGUCUUUAAUAGUAUCUCGUCGGUGGCUCAUGUGACAUGUGCAUGUUAGUGAGAGUAGAUGUUUCUAAUUAACUAUCAUUGUUCUUUGAUAUAGGUUAUAUGAUUUUUACGCACGCACACACAUAAUCCCCAAAAAUGAUUAAAAAAUUGUUGGAACGAUGGUUUAUAAGAAACAAAUUACAAAACAAACAAGAAGCCAUGAACAUAAAACGAAAACUCGCGAUAAUUUACGCUAUCGUGGGAUGGAAUAUGUUUGGUGUUUUGUUUUACAAUAUUAUGAAACAUAAAAUGCCAGAAGACUCUACAGAACGAAGAAAAUCUUAUAGACUUUUAAGUGAAACAUCAUCUAAUAUGCAUGUAUAUCAAGUAACAGGACUGACACUCACCAAUAAUUUUAAUAUUACAUAUGAGGACGAGAUUACUCAGGAAAAAGAGAAUAAGAAAAAUGAAGAAGCAAUUGUUAAUUAAAUUUAG